GUUGUUUACAGAAUAUGGAAGACUAGCUAUGGAAGAAAUUUACCAAAAGCCGUUUCAGACCCUAAUGUUCUUAAUUAGAGAUUGGAGUUAUCCUUAUGAACAUGCAUAUGGUUUGGAAGGAGGAAAAAAGUUCCUAGAGAAAAGAUUGCAGGUAAAGCAAAACCAACAUGAAGAGCUACAGAAUGUAAGGAAGCAUAUUCACUCCUGUUUCAGUAAUCUUGGCUGUUUCCUGUUGCCCCACCCUGGUCUUAAAGUUGCAACAAAUCCAAAUUUUGAUGGGAGGUUGAAUGAUAUAGAUGAGGAUUUUAAGAAUGAACUACGGAAUUUGGUACCACUACUGCUUGCCCCUGAAAACUUGGUAGAAAAAGAGAUUAGUGGAUCCAAGGUGACCUGUAGAGAUCUUGUAGAAUACUUCAAGGCUUAUAUUAAAAUUUACCAAGGAGAGGAGCUACCUCAUCCAAAAUCUAUGCUGCAGGCAACAGCUGAGGCGAACAAUCUUGCUGCUGUGGCAGGAGCAAAAGACUUGUACAGUAAAGGCAUGGAGCAGGUUUGUGGGGGAGAUAAGCCUUACAUUGCCCCAUCGGACCUUGAGCGGAAGCACCGGGAUUUCAGAGAGUCAGCUGUCAGACAGUUCUGCUCGGUGAAGAAGAUGGGAGGGGAGGAGUUCUGUCAGCGCUACCAGGAACAGCUCGAAGAGGAAAUCGACGAGAUCUAUGCAAACUUUGUGAAGCACAAUGAUGGCAAAAACAUCUUUUAUGCUGCUCGUACACCAGCCACUCUAUUUGCAGUCAUGUUUGCCAUGUAUUUAACCUCAGGACUGACUGGGUUCCUUGGUAUGAACUCCAUAGCUACCCUGUGUAAUCUUGUGCUGGGGAUGGCUCUUAUAUCGUUUUGUACUUGGGCAUACGUUAAGUACUCUGGGGAAUUCAGAGAAGUUGGAACAGCCAUUGAUCAGAUCGCUGAAGCUAUUUGGGAACAGGUGUUGAAGCCUAUGAGUGAUAAUUUGAUGGAGGAUCAUAUGAGGCAGUCUGUAAAAAACUCUAUCAAAGCAGGCCUGACCGAGCAGGUGUCUCACCAUGCCAGACUAAAGACAGACUGACAGUUCAUCUCCUCUUCAACUCUGCCCUCUCAUCCUAUACAUGCUUGCUGUACCAUGAGAACUCAAU